AUGACUGCAGAAGCUAUAAACGCUGCACAUACUUUUGUGCAUUAUCAUUGCUCUUGUCCAGAUGUCAACAGGAGUUUAUCUUCAUUGACACUGAAAGAGAACGAAGCGAAGAAUAAUGAUAAGAAAAUUGUUGGGGAUAGGGACGACGACAAUAACACAGAGCUCAAUAAAAACAGAGAGUAUGCAAAUACUACAAAAGAAGACGCAUUGUUCCCACUGGACGCGUAUUCUCCAAGAACCGUAUUUUCGACUUUUGCUCUAAGUAAAUUAUAUUUUUGUGAGGAUUGUCAUCAAAUUAGAUGCCCUAGAUGUGUUCAGGAAGAAAUCGUUUGCUACUACUGUCCAAAUUGCUUAUUCGAAGUGCCUACAGCCAGUGUUAAAAGCGAGCGGAACAGAUGUGCAAGAAACUGUUUCCAAUGUCCGAUCUGCCAGAACACGCUUACUGUAGUUGCUAGUACAGAACCACCUCCAGUGACGCCAGCUACGGCUGUUCCGCCUCGAUUAUUACCUAAUGCUGCCCCAGCACCCUCUCCGCCAAUACCUACACCGCAACCAACCGGGGCACCUUAUUUUCUGUUGUGUGGGGUGUGUAGAUGGGAUUCACAGGAGAUAAACAUGACCUUCGAAAAGGCUACUGGAUUGGCGCUUCAAUUACAGAAAACUGAAGAUGAGAAACCAGACGUCAAAGAAUUUGAACAUCUUAAGGAACAUUUUGAAAAACAUCUGCGUACGAAUGCACCGUCUACAACGCUUUCGUCACAUCUUUUUCUUUUUCCGGGAUUGAAUGGAUUUAGUUCCCGCUACGGUAGUAGUGGCUCAACACAAAACCAGCCGAAAAGUGAUGAUGUUGCACCGUAUGAAGCGGCUGUCAAAGUCAUCGAAGAAGAAGGACUGAUUGAAGAAUUGAAAAAAUUGGAUAAUCCCAAUGCUGUCACAACAUUGACCCAGAGGCUCGAUCAGCUGAGUGAUCAACCGUAUAAAGUCGAGAAAUUACAACCACAACGGAUUCAUCUGCGCACGAAGAGAGUCAAGAGGUGUCGAACAUGUCACCACAUUCUUAUCAAGCCUGAGCAAAAAGCGCAGGCAAUCAAAUUCAAGAUUAAGCUUGUUGCGUUAAAUUAUAUUCCCAAGAUCACGAUAGCGAAGUUGCCAAAGCUUACGGUGAAUCAGAAGACACAUGUUAUAUUAAAGUUUUCCAAUCCUCUCGAUGUUGAAGUCGACAUAAAGUUAACGACGAAGGAGAAGGACGCUUAUGGCACGAUCACUAUGCCUACGUCAGAAUUUGCGAUCUCACCAUAUAAUGAAGUAUGGGAAUAUGAUGAUGAGGAUUUCGGCACUGAUAAUAGAUUGCCAUCAAGAGGACGCCACUCACAAGCAGCAAGCACGCACGGAACGGAAGGAAUUUUCGAGAAAAAAGGAAGUUAUACGAGUAUCAUCCUCGAAGUCACUCCUUUGGUUGAAAUGGACGAAUUCAGGUUUCCUCUACUAGUAACUUACACGUACAAGGCAACAAUUGAGAUAUCAACGCAGGACGACGCAAAACUCGACAAACUUUCUACGAAUAAAUCUGAUGACGUAGAUAAAACUGACACCGAUAUAGACACAUCGACGGCAACAGCAGAGACAUCAGCAAUCACACCAUCUACUAACGCUGAUACUGACAAUGAACCCGAAGCCAUCCUGACUAAAGAAAUUACCAAGAGCCUAUCCUUCUGUACUAUAAUUGGGUUAGGAGCCGUUGCAAAGGUGUCCUCUGCGCCGCCCACUUCAUCUAGCUCUAAGACUCCAACCGGGAUAACAGCUUGUUAA